AUGCCGAUUAAUGUUGCAAAUCUGGAAGCCGGAUGGGAAGUUUCUGAUUCGGUAAUGCUGGGUUUAUCAGAACUCAGUGAGGUACAAGAACGACACAAACGAGCAGAAGAAUGUAACGACGCACUUGGAGAAACAAGCGUGGCCAGCAGCGACAGUUUUGACUCGUCUACCAGUAGGCUCAGCCAGCCUGCCUCUAGUAGUCGUUUACAUGGCUUCGGCUCAUGGUGUCCGGAGACAAGUGACAAUGAACCGUGGCUGUCUAUUGACCUUGGCACAUUUAAAGUUGUAACUGGCGUGGCAACGCAGGGAAGGAGCGAUGGUGAUGAGUGGGUCACGUCUUACAAGUUAUCGUACAGCAAUGACGGAAGAUACUUCAGAGAUUAUAAAACAGACAGAGUGGUCAAAGGAAACCAGGACAGGUUUAGUGUAGAGAAACACGUUCUGGUAGAGUCGUUCAUAGCUCGUUAUGUCCGCAUUCAUCCACAUACAUGGGAGGGCAGUGCGUGUUUACGAGCAGAGUUGUACGGUUGUUAUUACGGAUCUGUGAAUUAUUGUGAGUCCAAUGAUUGCCAAAACGGGGCUACGUGUGCCAAUCAUCCGCAAACUUUGUCAUAUCUUUGUGAAUGUACACGAGGUUUCACCGGCAACUACUGUGAUCAAGUUGUUUGUGGCAUGCCACCCGCUCCAGUUAACGGUUCAUUCAGCUGUACAGUGGAUAAAGAUGGUUACUUGUGUUCAUUACAAUGUCUUCCGGGACUGAAAGUUCCAUACGGCACAAUGACGACUUACAGAUGUGACUUCGACUCAAUGUUAUGGUCACCAGACCUACCGAAUGCUCACGUUGUCUGCACAGAGACCCCGACGCCAACGGUAGGCGUGUACGUCCCACAACAACUACGGUCAAUGGAAGGAAGUAUAACGAGUGACGGGUUUUGCUUCACAUGGGGGCAGAACCACUACCGUACCUUUGACGGGCUCAUCUACGAUUUCCAUGGAUCGUGUUCAUAUCUAUUACUCGGCGAAUGCCAGACAAACAGGUUUAAGCUUCACAUUCGCAACAAAGCGGAGUGUCACGAUGUUCAAUACUGUAAGAGGUCACUUACGUUGUACGUCAGCGACAUGGAAUAUAAUUUCAACUUUGGUGAGUUUGGAUUCGCGAUGACGAGAAACGAGGAUAACGUACCGCUACCGGUGACAAUGGAUGGACUCCGCGUUGAGACAAUCUCAUAUUACAUAGUGAUUAGCAGCGCACUCGGUUUCACACUGCGGUGGGACGGUAAAGAAGCAAUAUUUAUCCAGGUUGAUGGAAGCCUUCGAAACAAAACAUGUGGACUGUGUGGCACAUACAAUGCUGAUUCCAGUGACGAUUUGACUGAUAUACGUGGUGAUGUCGUGGAUUCCGUAUCACUGUUUGGUCGUUCUUAUAAAAUGAACGACGUCGAUGAUUCAUGCGAGGACAGUAAUCAACUAUCUUACUGUCACAUUUAUCCUGGUCGUGUCGAGGAUGCUGAUGAAUUAUGCAAAGAACUGACAGAAUCUAACUUUGCUGUAUGUCAUAGUGCAGUGGACCCAACUCCAUUUUAUAAUGCUUGUCGGGAGGACGUAUGCAAAUGCAACGCCUCCAGUGGCUGUGAAUGCAGUAGUUACGAAGCAUAUGCCAGAGAAUGUGCACGUAAUAACGUCGUGGAAAUGGAGUGGCGAAACCAGAGCAGAUGUCCUGUUACUUGUCCUGGCACUAUGAUAUAUAAGCAGUGUGGUAGUUCCUGUCCUUCAACGUGCAAGAAAACAUUCUACCAAUGCCUUCAUAACCAUUGUAUGGAUGGGUGUCAGUGUCCCGAUAACACCCUGCUUCAUGGCGACACGUGCGUUGCACAAGAGCAAUGUCCAUGCCAAUAUUCUGGCAGAGAAUACUCCACUGGAUCGGAGAUCCAGGCAGAUGAUGGGUGCAAUACUUGGAACGUGUUCAGUUAUUGGGGGCGUUCAUUACCAAACAUUCGACGGCCGUCGUUACAACUUCGUUGGUCGUUGAUUAUCACGUAUGAUAACUCACAUAUUAAACUGACAAAAAAUAUGGUUGUGGUAGUUCAUGGCGAAGAACUGGACAAUAUUGAUUUACCGUUCGAAGUCCCCGGCAUCUACAUAGAGCAAAUCUCGGACGAAUUCCAACAGGUCACUCUCGAUGUCGGCGUUGUUGUGCUAUGGAAUGGCGGUUCGCAGAUCUAUAUAGAUAUGCCACCCGACUUGUUUAAUCAAACCUGUGGCUUGUGUGGCACAUUUGACAAAAACCAAGAAAAUGAUUUUUGGACUCUAGAGGGAGACAUUGAAAAACAGCCUGGUGUGUUUGCGGAGAAGUGGACCUUUUUGAGUACUUGUGCGAACCCAGCACCCGUGAUUACAUAUAAUCCUUGCGAUGUUUACACCCAGCGCAGGGAACAGGCGCACACCAUCUGCCAGAAACUAAGGGAAGCGCCGUUUACAGGCUGCCAUGCUACCGUAGAUGUCGAAUCAUAUUUUUUCAUUUGUACGUAUGAUCUUUGUAACGGUGGUGAUGUUGGAAUGACGGAACUAUUCUGUAAUGUCGCCGCAAGCUAUUCCAUGGAGUGUUCAAACAGAGGUCACGUGCUUAUUUGGAAAGACGUUGUGCCUGAAUGCGGAACAUCUUGUGAAAUUAAUAAAGUUUACCAGGAAUGUGGGCCAUCGUGUCAAACGUCAUGUCCGGCUAUAUUGACUGAGAGAACGUGCGAAGAUCGCUGCAUACCCGGAUGUAGUUGUCCCCCUGGUUUGGUGUAUAAUUACGAUGGUAGCUGUUUGACGGUAGAAGAAUGCCCGUGUAUGUAUAAUGAUAGGCUAUAUGCACCUGGCCAAACCAUACAGCCAGUAUGCCAACCAUGCACGUGUGUCAACGGUGUUUGGGAUUGCAUUGUAGGUGACUGCGAUCCUCCUGUGUGUGGUGAAAACAUGAGGCUUGUUACAUGUAAAAGCGCAUGCGUAACAACGUGCAGCAAUAUGCAUCUUCCACAGGAAUGUACUCCUGCGACCUGUGCGCGUGGGUGUCAAUGUCUUGACGGCUACGUCUAUGACGGUGAUAGAUGCAUACUGCCAGAACAGUGUCCAUGUCAUCACGGUGGACAGAGUUACGAUAAUGGAGAUACAAUUACCGUUGAAUGCAAUAAAUGUGUAUGCAAUGGACACCAAUGGGAAUGCGACGUGAAGGAAUGUCCUGGUAUGUGCUCUUCAUGGGGCGACUCGCAUACAAAGACCUUCGAUGGCAAAAUGUUUGAAUUCUUCGGUGAAUGUGUAUAUGUAUUAUCCCGGGCUAAUAAAGACAAUCCAUACCUGCAGUAUAAUAUCACCAGUGAAAACAUACUGUGCAGCACAACCGGUAUUACAUGCUCCAAAACAAUAGUGUUUUCGGUGAGGCGAGGGGAGAAAGACGAAACGGUUCAACUGCAGAGAGACGGACCUAUAACAGUGUCGGAUGAUUCAAAAUUUGUAAUAUGGCAGACUGGAUUGUAUUUAUUCGUUAAAGUUGAAGAAGGUAUUACUCUGAUCUGGGACAAGGGUACACGAGUUUAUAUCAGACUGGAACCCAAAUACAGAGGACUUGUCGAAGGACUGUGUGGAAAUUUUAACGGCAAUCAAGCUGACGAUUUCUUAACUCCGUUUGGAGGACCACCAACUGGGAAUGUAAUCGAGUUCAGCGACAGUUGGAAACUCUACGCCUACUGCGGAGACACACAUAACACAAAUGACUCGUGUUUCUUUGCUCCCCAUCGACGGCCAUGGGCGACACGACAAUGCAGUGUACUGAAAUCGGAUACAUUUGCCCCUUGUCAUACUGAGGUAGAUCCCGAGCCCUAUUACGAACGAUGCGUAUUCGACGCAUGUGCCUGUAACACUGGAGGUGACUGUGAAUGUUUCUGUACAGCUGUAGCUACCUAUGCCCAAGAAUGCAAUCUGAACGGUGUAUCCAUAAGAUGGAGGAGCCAGGAAAUGUGCCCUAUGCAAUGUGAGGGUUGCGGCGAAUACCAGCCUUGCAUAACGGCAUGUCCAAGAACAUGUGAUAACUACUACAAGUACAAUGAGUUAGAAUGUACGGAGCCAUGUAUAGAGGGGUGUCUGUGUCCCGAAGAUGAGGUGUACGAACCCGACACUAAUAGGUGUAUCCCCGAAUCGCAAUGCUACUGUAAGAAAAUAGGCGAUAUCAAAUAUUAUGACGGACAAACCAUACCAUCUUGUUCUGAUGCAUGCAUGACAUGUUAUUGCUUCAAUCACACAAUUCACUGGGUAGGUCAACCUUGUAUGACGUUUGCCAGUACAUCAGCUACGAUGUUGCUUACUACAGAAGGUAUGGUCACCACUGAUACUGCGCUAUCAACCACGCCACACGUGAUAACAACCACGGCAAAACUACAUCCAUCCGCAUCUUACUCACCACCAGUCACUACACCAAUUGAAGACACUCUUGAAAGUACUCUUGUCACAAAGACAAGUAAAAUAUUUCCAUCAACGCAGUUUACUACUUCUUUUCCUGACAGUGUUAGAACCACAAUUAGAACCACGGAGAAAGAAAGGAGCACACUAGAGGAAUUCCCUGUUUCUAUUGACCAAUCUAUUAUAUCUAAGACGCCAAUAUUUUCUGAAGUACAAGGCGAAACAACGCCAGGUAUCAUUGCUGACACGUUUACAAGUGAAACCCUGUCAACACCAAUUGAAGGGACUCCUGGGAGUAUGCCUGUCAAGAAGACAACAACAAUAUUCCCAUCAACUCCAGCAACGCAGUCUACCACUUCUACUCCCGACGAUGUAAACACCGAUAUAGAAUUUGUUUCGACUGAUCAAACUAUUAUACCCAAGAUGCCAAUAACCUCUGUGGCACAAGGGGAAACAACUUCAGGAAUAAUUGCAGACACACUGACAAGUAAAGGGAUGUCUACUAGUGAACCAAUUGCCACUAGUGCAACUCCCACGCCUCACGUUACAAGAGCCAGGACUGAAAUACCUGUAGUUUCCACUGCUGCCACACAGGUGGCAGACGGAAUGGUAUCCAUUGAACAAGACAUAACUGAAAUCCCGACCACUCAAGGUGUUGAGGAAACCUAUAGUCUGGUGCACACAAUGCCAACACUGCACACAGUUGCUGAACAAACUGUCACACUAUCACCCACAAUCACAGAUGCACCGACAGCAACUUCCAUAGUCUCUACAGAGGAAGCAACAAUGCCCACAAAAGCAACACAAAUCACAGUUGAUGACUCAAUGGGUAUGAACACAGCUGCAUCAUUGACACACCCAAAAGUGAGUGUGACAGAUGUUAUUCCUGGUGGCCAAACAACUAAGGAAUAUACAAGGGAAUCGAUGAUACAUCUUACUGAAUCAACAGAAGACAAAUCUACCAUUGUGGAGUCCACCUAUGAGUUGCCGGUGUCUAUUCCAAUGAUAAAACCUCCACUAUGUAUUAAGACUGGCUGGACAGAUUGGAUGAAUGUGUAUCAACCCGGAAGUGGUCCAACUGAGGGUGACUUUGAAAUAAUGCCAAAUCUACGCAUUUUUCAUCAAUUUUGUAGAAAUCCUAUAGAUGUUGAAUGUAGAAAUUCCGACACACUAGAACCGCCUAGUUUCAUCCUAGGACAGUUUGUUCAAUGCUUUCCAUUCUUGGGACUUCAGUGCUUUAAUAACCAACAAGCCCUUGGGUUAUGUGCAGACUAUGAAGUUAGGUUCAAAUGCGAGUGUGAUGUCAGUACAAUAUCAAUUCCAACAAGAAAGGGACCUACUGAUGUCUCUGCCGACAUUUCAGGGACAACUGUAAUAAAAGCCACUGAAAGUGAAACUUCAAAGUUGAAAACAUCCCCACACAUCACCGAAAGCACUACCACCCCAAAUAUACUAGAAGUAUCACCAACACAGGCAACAUGCACUGAUGUAUAUAGAAACUGUACCAAAGAUGGUUAUCGCUAUCAAUCUGAGGUGGAAAUUUUUAAUGUAAACUGGGAUAAUAGACUAAGUGAUCGCACAUCAUGUCAGUUCAUUAAUUUGGCAAAUGACAUAACAGAAACUCUUCAUGAUAUAUACUCAGUCUCCGAAAUGCUGAAAGACAUAUUUAUUUGUGUGUAUAUGAAUCACUUCAGCAAAGGAAGUGUUAUAGCACGACAUACAAUCGUGGUAUCUCAAAGAAUUCCAUUUGAUACUCGCUCACCAGCUUUACCAAAGAAUAUCACAUAUGAAUAUAAGACAACAAUGUCACCAGAAAUAUCAAGCCUUUUCUCAACUGGUCAAACAUACACACCAAGAAGUAUACUUCCUGAAGAAUUGACAACCUUGCCAAAAAGCCUUUUUUCAACAUUUAUGGACAAAUCUACACCACAAAUUACACAAGUGGAUUCUAUUCAUGAAACAGAAGAGGGAAUACCCCCUACUAUUACUUCGGACAUUCUUGAAACAACGACGACUGAAGCUUCCACACAAGAAAUCCUCAGUACUGCAAUACGUUCAACUGCACAAGAAAUUGUUACUGAACAAAUGGCGGCAUUUACCAUAACUCCAUCUACUAUCAAAUUAAUCAUUGAAUCAACCAUCGCAUCGCAACCAGAAACAUUAACACAGAUUAUAGACUUGACAACAGAACUAGUAACAGAGAAAAUUACUAAAUUACCAGAAAUCUCAUCUCAUGGAAUAACCAGUAAAAUGCUGGCAAGUGUAGUUGAAACUGCUGCAGCAACUUUAUUUCCAAAAAUAUUGACCACAUUAUCCAAAACCCUUCCUCCUACAAUUAUGCCUUCACUAAUGACUGGCCUGGCUGGUACAAUCAGUAAGGAAAGUCGUUCGACAGAUUUAACCUUACAAAAAGAUGUUUUGACAGAAUUCCACCCUACUAGCCUUACAAGUGCAAGAGAAUUAUCCCUGUCAACAUCGAAGUCAGUCCAAACAGAACCAAGACCUACAGGCACCACUGAGAUUUGCAAACCUGGCUACACUGAAUGGAUGAACACUGACACUCCUUUGGAUGAUGGAGAUGAUAUUGAAUCUAUUGAAGACCUGCGAUUGUUUUACAUAUUUUGUGACACGCCAAUUGAAAUAGAAUGCCGAGAUAUUGAAUCUGAUACUUCACCUGAUGAACUUGGACAGACAGUAACUUGUGAUGUACUGAAUGGUCUACUGUGUUAUGGUAUGGACCAAGAAAUGGGAGUAUGUAAAGAUUAUAAAGUUCGCUUCCACUGUGGCGAAUGUUCAGAUACGUGUGGCUCCAAUGAAAUUCUAGUCCCCAAUGCAUUUACCUGUAAACAACUGUGCCAUGCAAUGCAAAGUAGCGAGCAAGUGUGCAAAGACAACGAGAAUGCACAAUUGGAUGCUUGUUUGGAUCGUACCCUGAUAGCACGAUCACACUCUGUUACUUUCUGUAACACACCUGGUAACUUAGUAAUGGAAGUGAAUGGAGAACUGAAGUGUAUUCCCGAACAAGAUUGUCUUUGUUUACGAGAAGACACAGGCACUAUGGUUGCACCCGGUUCAAGGUGGGAAUUCGAACUAUGUGAGACUUGUACCUGUUUUAACAACGAGAUUGUGUGUGUUAACAAAACAACAAGGGAGUGCAAUCCAACUCCACAGCCAGAAGAUAUAUUGGCCAUAGAAAUAACAGACGGUGUUCAUGUUACAUCAGAGCCUCUUUCAGGUCCAACGGUAAGACCGGUAGCAGUAUGUGCAAAUGUAACUGAUAUUAGUAACUGUCCUGAGAGUUGCCAAUCCGGACAUAUGUGUGACGGGAAAAUUUGCCUAGAGCCUGCAUGGUGCCCAUGUUACUAUGAGAACAACAUGUAUAAAAGUGGCAUGUUUAUCAAUAGUAGAUGCGAAACGUGCAAUUGUUUUAAUUCCGAAGUAACAUGUGUCAAGCGUUGUGUUAUCGACGAAUGCCAGCCGGGGCAAAUACUGCAGCAUCUCGAUGGUGAAUGUUGCCAAUGUGUACCGUGUAAAUGUGAAGCAGAUGAAUACCAUUGUUCAAUGUCUGAGAGUCCCACAUGCAGUGAACAAUGUAUAUCUCGUAAUCUUAUGUGUGAUGGAACUCCUGACUGCCUAAAUUCAGAAGAUGAGCUGAACUGCCCAACUGAAACACCAGGAUGUACAACACUGGCAGGUGACUUUGUCGGGGUUGGAGAGAUAUGGUCUGAGUAUGGGUGUAGGUUCUGUGAAUGUUUAUCUGAUGACCAAGUGAUCUGCAACUCUACUAAAUGCUCGAAAGAAUGUAGCGUUUACCUUAAUUCCUUCAGCACAUUCGAUGACCUAGUCUACGAGUAUGAUAUGUGCGACCAUGUGAUGGUCACAAACUCGACCGAUCAAGUGCCAUACUUUGUCGUCAAAGUUGUGAGAAUCUGUGUAUUUGGUGGCACUGGAUAUUCAAGUAUGCUUUGCAAAAAAGAACUUCAUGUUAAUAUUAGAGACACAGACAUGUUGCUUCGCAAACACAUGCUUCUCCAUAUAAACGGACAGUACGUGAGAAGGUCACAAUUAUCAGCUGUCAGUGGACAAUUGGAAAAAACUCAAGGAUUCAGUAUCAUCAAAAGUGGUCAAGAGUAUAUUAUUAAAACUGAUUUUGGCUUAGUUGUGCACUGGAAUAUUUAUUCAGAGAUCACACUUGAGAUUGAUGAUCAACUGUACGACAGAGUUGCAGGUAUGUGUGGAAUUCCAAACAGUAAUGCCAGUGAUGACUUAACCAUGUCCGAUGCUGCACCCACUAAUGACGUAUUGUCAUUUGGCGACAGUUGGGGUAAUCAUGAUGAGUGUCCCCAACCGGAAGAAAUUUGUAUGUUAACGUUUGCCGAGUUUGCGGAUGAAGCCAGGAGGGAGUGCGAAAUAUUGAGGUCUGCUGCAUUUGCACCUUGCCACUCUCACGUCGACAUCGAACCUUAUAUAGAGAGAUGCGAACAACUUGUAUGCGAAUUUUUGUACAACAGUACUGGGCAUGCAAGUGACAAUAUUGACGACUGUCUAUGCGAGGUGCUUACAAUAUAUGCGACAGACUGUGCCAACACUGAAGCCCAUGUGCUGUUAGGAUGGCGAUCGCCGGAUUUAUGUCCUGUGUAUGACCAAUGUAACUACCCUAUGAUCUGGUACGAGUGUCUGACAACUUGCGAAUGGACAUGUACAACUAGUGGAAGACCAUGGAAUGAUUGCCCAACUGGGUGUACACCUGGAUGUGGCUGUACCCCGGGAUUGGUUAGAAAGGGAGAUACAUGUGUAAAGCCUGACGAAUGCACGCAAUGUUACUGUUAUGGGUAUGGUGGCAUUCAUUAUUUUUCAUUUGACGGAAGUUACUUCGCGUUUGAGGGUAAUUGUACAUACAUGGCGGCACGUGACUCGUCGCCCAAUGGCGACUUUGAGAUAUUAGUUGAAAAUGAAGAGUGUAACAGACGUCCUCAAACUAUGUGUUUUGUUGCCGUAAUCGUUCGUUACCAUGGCAACGAAAUACGGCUUGAAAAUGGUCAGAAGGUAGUGGUCAAUGGAGUAGAGCACUAUAGACCGCCACAGAUAAUAGUAGAUGGAAUUCAUGUUUCUCAGCUUGGAGGGUGGUCUCUCUACCUGCGAAUUCCAGAUAUUAACUUAGAGGUUUCCUAUUAUGAUUACAUCAAUGGUUUUGGAAUACUCAUGCCGGGAACAAAAUACUUGAAUGCCACAGAAGGGCUAUGUGGUCCAUGUAAUCGCAAUCCCGAAGAUGAUCGGAUGAAAGAGAAUAGUUUGAUAGCUACUAACGACACGGACUUUGCUUUGAGCUGGUUACAGGAGAGCGAAGAUGAUAAUCAGUAUUGUGUAACCACUGAUGUACCACGUAGAGUUGACCAAACACAAAAGGAUAGAGAUAAAUGCAGAAAAGAUAUAUACGAAGGAAUAUUUAAACAGUGUAAUCUCUUGGUGGAUCCGCUACCGUACUACCGCGCAUGCUUGCUGGAAAGAGCCUGCCAUGGAUACCACUGCGAUGCACUAGCAUCGUACGCUAUGGAAUGUUCACGGCAUGAUUUGUGCUUAGAUUGGAGAGAAGAACAUGAGUGCCCCGCACCUGAUUGCGAAGACGGGCGAGAAUAUGACCCAUGUCAUGUUCCUUGCGUUAAAACCUGCGUAAAUGAAGACGUAUAUAACGUAGAUAUCUGCUCUGGUCGUCUCGUUGAAGGGUGUUUUUGCCCACCUGGCACUAUUGUUGAUGACGAUGGAGAGUGUGUCCAGUCAUGUGACUACUGCACUGACGUUAACGGGAUUAAACAUAUGAUGAAUGAAACAUGGCAGCCGGACGCCUGUCAGACAUGUAUAUGCUACCCUGGUGGAAACGCACAUUGUACGUCCGAACAAUGCAUGGCUGCACCUCUAUGUAGUGAACCAAAACGUUUGGAAACGACACAUGUCACUGGAGAGUGUUGUCCUGUCUACCAGUGUGUGUGUGAUCCGCUUGCCUGUCCACCUGAAUCGUUUCACCCAACACAAAUGUGCAAUCACGACAGAGAUUUAGUAGACACCGUUAUCAAUGAGUGCUGCACCAAACAGGAGUGUGUUUGCAGAGAAUGCGAUUACUCGGGAGUACCCACCUGCCAACCUUUUGAAUCACUAGACAUUUAUAAAGAAAACACCGAUGAUUGUUGUAAUCAGUAUCGAUGUGUGUGUAACCCUGUCAAUUGUCCACCACAAGAAGUAACGUGUCCGACGUAUAAAGAGCAAGUGCUCAUAGAAGAAACCAUUUCCCUCUGCUGUCCGCAGCAUGAAUGUGUUUGUUCUUGUCCGGAAGCGGAAGUGAUAAACUGUCAAGUGGGUUAUGCGAAAGAAGAAGUUCUCUAUGGGGAAGAAUGUGAUUGCAUUAAAUACAGUUGUGUUAAAAAAGAAGUAUGUGUGUGGAAUAAUACGCUUGUAAACGAACUCCAAGAAGUACAGCCUGGUAGCACGAAUCUUGUGGGCGAUAACCCAUGCCGAGUGUGUGAAUGUCUGGAGGAACACGACCCUGUCAGCGAUUUUUACCAGAUUCAAUGUGACGUCAUUCAAUGUGCCGUGAAUAGUCAGGAAGACUGCGAUGAGCAAUCUGAAUAUCUUUCACCCGAAAGCGGAGUGUGUUGUGGUAGAUGCCAAAAGAGAUGGUGUGUGGACGGCGACGUUAAGUACGAGAUCGGCGAUAAAUGGCCCCUGGAUGAUCCUAUAAAUAAGUGCGAUUACAAUGAAUGCGUCGCAGAUAAAGAUGGCACUCCACUGCUGUAUCCAUUUCACAUCUCUUGUGAAAGCGUUAGUGCCGACUGCAAGGGACCGGCCUUUGUCGUAAAGAAUGAUACAUGCUGUCCUUACUGUGCAUUGGCCGUAUCUCCAUGUAAAAACGUUGUAGAGGAAAUCGAGAUCGAAGUGAAUGGUUGCCAUAGCAACGGCACAGUGGAGUGGUCCUACUGUGAAGGGAGGUGUAGCAGUUGGUUCCGCUACUCCUAUGCGUCAGAAGCACAGAGCAGUUGUAUGUGUUGUUACGCUCAGGAAACAAGUAAACGGAGAACCAACUUACUUUGCGAUGACUCGAGCAUUUUCACACACGAGUAUGAUUUCAUCGAAAGCUGUGUGUGCUCAGCGUGCGUCGAAGUCUAG